AUGCCGAGUCUCGAUGUCCCUGGGGAGUUCCUGAGGCAUGCGGUUCUAGAUACUGUUGUCCCGCAUGCCUCAAAUAUUGAUCUGGAGGCGGCGCUGACGUCGGCACUCGAAGAUGGGGCAGACGACCUGUCGUCUGUCCUGUCAUUUAUCCCCCAGCGCUCGCUUUUGUUCUUUGAUGAGGUCUGCACGGCUCGCGUUGUCCUGAGACUUGCCAAUUGCUCUCAGAACAGUCUGAAAGCGCACCUUCAAAACCUUGAAAUCCGCGUCGAUGUCUUCGCUAUUGAUCCUGCGGAAACAGUCGCUGAGAACCCGACGCCCACGCGAGACUUGAUCUUCUCAGGGGUUGUCGAUUCACAGGCAGAUCCGCUGGUGGUGGUUAAUGAGUUCGAGGGAGAGACAGGAGGCGGUAAUCAUGUAUAUGUGAUAUGGAGCAUUGAGACAUUCCUAAAGCGCCCACGAAUCCGCAUCCAACACCCGUCCGUGAUCUUCAUUGCGUCUGCCACCUUGAACCCUACAGAAACUCGCCAGGCCGAUUCUCGUGAAGACGUUUACCUCCCCUCCUUGGUUCCUGCAUCAACGAAUGUUCUCCAACCCCUCGCAAGCGAUGCCGCCUUUGACCACAAAGACCCUUUUCUCCCAGCCUCGAGGCUUUUGCGAGUUGUUCCAGCGCAAUAUAGUGAAGAUCCUAUAUACAACGUCCAUCAAGAGUCGGGCCAUCCGACACGCAUCGUCCCUGCUGCCAGUGCAAGGAUACGAUAUUCUCGAUUAAACACUUAUAGCGGGAGGCCUACGACCAUUGCAAACCUGGAUUUUGAAGUCACGCCCUUCCUAAAUUGCGAGGUAAUAUUCGACAAGGCCGACCUUCAUCUGUCUGAUGGGCUAAUUGAAGCCCUAACUGAUGCCCCUGGGGUUUUCCCUCCUGUGACCUGUCGGCCACGGGACGAUAUAACCCUGGUAUACAGGUUGACGCCUGAAUAUGGACUGGAUUCCAUCCCAUCCACCACUGCGAUGGUGAGCAUGUUGGACAUAUCACUCGAGGCGGUUGUUAAUGUAUCAGACAACUGCAAUCCCCGGAUUUUAAUGCAGUGGACAGCCAACGUCGAUUUCUCAAUGGCGUUGAACCCGACCUUUGGAGGCCCAAGCCAGGCUUUGCAGCGGAACAACCGCCCUGCAAGUCUCCCAAUGAUACCCAGCCAUGCCAAUACCCCAAGUUCAGGGGUCCCAGCCAACCGAAGCUCCCUUCGAGAACGCGCAUAUUCUACGACGGAUCUGGGGAUGACCAUAUCCCUUUCUGGUCCUCCCAGUGUAGAGGUUGGAAAGCCGUUCUCGUGGAGUGUUUUUAUUGUCAACCGGUCUACAACCCCGAGAAAAUUCGCCAUGAUUGCUAUCCCCCGACGAAAAAGAUCAGACCCACGAGGGCAUGUCGCGCGGCCAUCCUCUUCGUCGAUGUCGAAUCGCAGAAGCGAUCAGGUCGCGGAAGCCGUGACCGAUGAUAACAUCGUGCACGCUCUGCAGAAGAGCGUAGCCGGACAGGAAGCAGAGCUCGUCUGUCUAAGCACAGACGUGCGUGUUGGUGCAUUAUUACCCGGAACAUGCUUUGCGACUGAAAUAAAAUUCCUCCCAUUGGCAGUGGGUUCUUUACGACUGGAAUGCGUCCGACUUGUGGAUGUCAAUACGAACGAAACGACAGAUAUUCGAGAUCUACCGGAUAUUUUAUCCUUGGGGAAGGGAGCCGCAGGGGUAUCUAUCCAUUUAGGAAGCUAG